UGAUUAGAAUAUUGAACGGCCCCCAAAUUAGAUGAAAAAGCGUUUCACGAUUCCAGCAAGUGAACAUUUUGCAAAAGCAUUUUGGUGGCUGCAGCUGGAGCUGGCGCUCUGGACCCCGAGGGCCCCGGGUUCUAACCCUUUAGGAACCGUGUGAGCUGGGACGAGCCCCUUCGCCUCCAGCUGGCCCAGUUUUUUCAUCUGAAAAAUUACCAUACACAGUACAGCAUGAUACAGCUGUGUCUGCGCGGGCGGUACUAAGCUACCAGCUGCGGAGGUGGGGCUCAGAAUAUUGAAGGAUGUUUGUUCCAAGAUCUCUGAAAAUCAAGAGGAAUGCUAACGAGGAUGGCAAAAGUUGCGCGGCCAAGAAAACCAAACCAGAGGCGGAAGACCUUCGGCUGGAUGAAGGCAGAGGUGAUCCAGCUGAUGCGCUGGCCCCCAGGGCAGCCAGGACGGCAGACGGGUGCAGCGCGGAGCCGUGCCCUUUCCCCAGCACAGCCAGCCAGUGGGCUCACGUUGGUGUGGUUGGACCUGAGCAGGAUUCAAAGGGUAGCGAUCUUUCCGAAGAGCCUGUUAAGUCCUUUUCCAAAACACAGCGCUGGGCCGAACCCGGAGAACCUGUCUGUGUUGUUUGUGGUCGCUACGGAGAGUACAUCUGUGAUAAGACCGAUGAAGACGUGUGCAGUUUGGAGUGUAAAGCAAAACAUCUUCUGCAAGUAAAGGAAAAGGAGGAGAGGUUGAAACUCAGCGCCCCACACAAAGCUACUUCUGAGCCAGAGUCUCCACGGAACGCUUUGUAUGUCUACAAAGAGCACCCCUUCAUUCUGAACCUUCAGGAAGACCAGAUUGAAAACCUCAAACGGCAGCUAGGAAUUGUAGUUCAGGGGCAAGAUGUCACCAGGCCCAUCAUUGACUUUGAGCAUUGUGGGUUCCCUGAGGCCUUGAAUCACAACCUGAAGACGUCGGGCUAUGAAGUCCCAACCCCCAUCCAGAUGCAGAUGAUUCCUGUGGGACUUCUGGGAAGAGACGUUCUGGCCAGUGCUGAUACCGGCUCAGGAAAAACAGCCGCUUUUCUUCUUCCUGUCAUCACCCGAGCCUUAUGCGAGAGCAAGACUCCGUCUGCACUGAUUCUUACACCAACAAGAGAGCUAGCCAUUCAGAUAGAGAACCAAGCUAAAGAACUGAUGAGUGGCCUGCCUCGCAUGAAAACCGUGCUCCUGGUGGGGGGCUUACCCUUACCCCCACAGCUGUACCGUCUGCGACAGCACGUGAAGGUUAUCAUAGCGACUCCUGGGCGACUUCUGGAUAUAAUAAAACAGAGCUCUGUAGAACUCCGCGGUAUAAAAAUUGUAGUAGUAGAUGAAGCUGAUACCAUGUUAAAGAUGGGCUUUCAACAGCAAGUGCUUGACAUUUUGGAACACGUUCCUAAUGAUAGUCAGACCAUUUUGGUUUCAGCUACAAUUCCAACUAGCAUAGAACAACUAGCAAGCCAGCUUCUGCAUAAUCCUGUGAGAAUUAUCACCGGGGAAAAGAACCUGCCCUGUUCCAGUGUGCGCCAGAUUAUUUUGUGGGUGGAAGAACCCGCCAAAAAGAAAAAAUUAUUUGAAAUCUUAAAUGAUAAAAAACUCUUCAAGCCUCCAGUGUUAGUGUUUGUGGACUGCAAGCUGGGAGCAGAUCUGUUGAGUGAGGCAGUGCAGAAAAUCACAGGUCUGAAAAGUGUAUCUAUACAUUCGGAGAAAUCACAAACAGAAAGGAAAAACAUAUUGAAGGGAUUACUUGAAGGAGACUACGAAGUUGUGGUGAGCACUGGAGUCCUGGGACGAGGCCUAGACUUGAUCAGUGUCCGGCUGGUUGUCAAUUUCGAUAUGCCUUCAAGCAUGGAUGAGUACGUGCAUCAGGUUGGAAGAGUGGGGAGAUUAGGCCAAAAUGGGACAGCAAUUACGUUCAUCAAUAACAAUUCAAAAAGACUCUUCUGGGAUAUUGCAAAAAGAGUGAAACCCACAGGAUCCAUUCUUCCCCCACAGUUAUUAAAUUCUCCCUACCUUCAUGACCAGAAAAGAAAGGAACAACAGAAAGAUAAACAGACACAGAAUGAUCUGGUUACAGGAGCUAAUCUUAUGGACAUCAUUAGAAAACAUGAUAAAAGUAAUUCUCAAAAAUGAACACUUUUUAAUUGUGUAUUGUCAGUGAAAUUUCUGUAUAUUAUUACUGUAUGAUUUGAGUAAAUGGAAUUAUACAUGAAACAAAGAAAUUUAACAUAAUUUAAAUUUUUAAAAUUAUAUAUCAAAUUUAUACUGCAGUAUUGUAUUUAUUUCCCUUUUAAUUCCCAUAAAUUUAAGAAAAUCAGAAAAUAAAUUGCUAAAUAAAAUUUUUUCUGUCUAGACAAAGCCUCAAUUUUUCCUCAAUAAUAUUCUUCGAGCUGCUGUCAGAACCAGGAACCUGCACAGCAAGGAAUCAGACUCAGAAUGGUGAUGCUUUUGUUCAGUGUCCCCAGUGCACUGUGAGCACAUUGGCACUUGGAUUAUUGUUGAAUCUAUUAAGGUUAGGAAGAAAGUGAAGAAUGGAAACCAGAAGAAAUGGUCGGUGCUUCUUUUCAAAGAUAACUGUGAAAUACAUAUUUUAUUCUGAUUGUUUUCCCUUCAUCUUGGUAAAUAUAGGUUUACAUUAUAUUUACUGGGGGCUGCUUAUCAAAAUCACGCAAGUCAUGUU